AUGUUUUGUCUAAAGUUAGUGAGCACUGAUGGUCGGAAUGUACAUCUCUAUGUGUGCGUCUUAUAUGUUAUAGCUUCGACUGAAGGCCGGGAUGCACCAUUUAUUCCGACCGCACGUCUUACUGAUCUGGGUGGUAUCGACAACUGUAUCAAGGAGAUCGUGGAUAUUAUUGGUACACCUUUCACAAUCCCCGAAGUUUAUCAUCAUUUGGGUAUUCAACCUCCCAGAGGUGUCUUACUGCACGGACCACCUGGUUGCGGUAAAACAAAGCUGGCUCAUGCCAUUGCAGGUCAAUACCAAGUCCCUUUCCUCAAUAUAUCUGCACCAUCAAUCGUGUCGGGUAUGUCAGGUGAAUCCGAGAAGAAGAUUAGAGAUGUUUUUGAAGAUGCCAAGACACACGCUCCUUGUAUCUUGUUCAUUGACGAAAUUGAUGCCAUUACACCCAAGAGAGAGACUGCUCAGCGUGAAAUGGAACGUCGUAUUGUAGCUCAAUUGCUGACUUGCAUGGAUGACCUUUCUUGGGACAAGACAGACAACAAACCUGUUAUGAUCAUUGGUGCUACAAAUCGUCCUGAUUCUCUCGAUGCUGCUCUUCGCCGUGCCGGUCGUUUUGAUAGAGAAAUUAGUAUGGGUGUACCUGAUCAAAAUGCAAGAGAAAAAAUUCUUCAAGUGCUUGCUGCAAAAACUCGCCUUGAAGGAGAUUUUGACUUUGCUGAGCUUGCUAAAGCUACUCCUGGCUAUGUUGGUGCUGAUCUUCAAGCUCUUGUCACAGCAGCAGGAAAUAUUGCGAUUCGUCGUAUCUUUGACGAAUUACGAUCCACUGUUGUUCUCCCUGAAACAAAUAACGAGAACGCCAUGGAUAUUGACACCAAUCUCGCCGCAGCUACAGCCACAACUACGACUACGACUACGACUACAACCACUGAGACGACCGCUGAAGUUGUUGCAGAACAGGAUCAAAGCAUGAGUGCAUUCGUGAAAUAUUUUAAGCAACCUUUGACGCCUGAACAAUUGGAGACUUUAGCAGUAAACUAUGAAGAUUUCAAACUCGCUCUCAAAAAGGUUCAGCCUUCAUCAAAGCGUGAAGGUUUUGCUACUGUCCCAGGUGUUUCAUGGGAUGAUAUUGGUGCUCUAGAGGAUGUACGCAAGGCAUUGCAUUGGAAUGUAGUAGAGCCUAUGAACACGCGUGACCGAUUCGAGCGCGUGGGUAUUACUUCUCCUGCAGGUGUCUUGCUCUGGGGUCCUCCUGGUUGUGGUAAAACACUGUUAGCUAAGGCUGUUGCCAAUGAAAGCAAUACCAAUUUUAUUUCCGUCAAGGGCCCCGAAUUGCUCAACAAGUACGUUGGUGAAAGUGAACGAGGUGUCCGUCAAGUAUUUGCUCGUGCACGAGCAUCUGCUCCUUGUGUCAUUUUCUUUGAUGAACUUGACGCACUUUGCUCUCGUCGGGAUGAUCAACAGACAGAUGCUUCUGCUCGUGUUGUUAAUACCCUUUUGACUGAACUUGACGGUGUCGAGAAUCGUAGUCAGGUAUAUGUGAUUGCAGCCACCAACAGGCCUGACAUGAUUGAUCCUGCUAUGCUUCGACCUGGACGUCUGGACAAACUACUCUAUGUCGGUUUACCUGAACCCAAGGAGAGAUGCUCUAUUCUAACCCAGUUGACUCGCAAUACUCCCCUUGGUCCUGAUGUAUCUCUUGAAGAUAUAUCUCGGGAUGAUCGAUGCAAACGAUUCAGUGGAGCUGAUUUGGCAGCCUUGGUUAGAGAAAGCGGUGUGGCUGCACUCCAAGAAGACAGAGAGAUUCCUACAGAAGAAAUAUUUGUCUGUAAGCGUCACUUUGAUAAUGCUCUUAACAAAACCACUGCAAGUGUUCUCCCAGAGGAUGAACGAAAGUACGAAGCAUUAAAAGAAAAGUACGGCAAGAAAUAA